AUGAUUGCCAAACGAAACAUUCCCAACUGGUCGUUAUUAUCUUGUUCUGAGCUAUUAGAGGAAAUGAAUAUCAUGACACACGUUCGACUUGACAACGAAUGCAUUGUAAAGGUAGCUGAGCUAUACCGAUUACCAAGAAUGACUCAUCUCUACCUAUCAAGGAAUAUGCUGGACUCUAUUCCAAAUUUGGAUUUCUGUCAAAAUACUAUACGAUUUUUGAUUCUUUCUCAUAACAGAUUAAAAACUGUUCAAGGAAUUCAACAAUGCACUGCUUUGGAAUUGUUAGAUCUCUCUGACAACCAAAUUAUUAUUUUCGAUAAAGCAAAACAUACAUUUGGUGGAAUUGAAGAUAUAUUGGUAGCAUCAAGCAACACUACUGAUUUGAACGGGAUGGAUAGCGAAAGCUAUUCUGAUGAAUCCGAUGAUGAUUCAAAUGAGCGUGUAUUGCCACGCAUUGAUACACAAACCAAUUCAAUUCAAUCCAAAUCACUCACCCAUAUUGGUGUUGACAAAGAACCGGAUUCAGCAUCAACACAGUACGAAUCAGUUAUUUCUGAGAUUCUUGAUCGAUCUCGCCAACGACAGUCUGAGAUGGAGCAUCAAUUUAAAAUGAAAACGAAUCUAUCAGCAGGAUUAAUAACAGAAUUUAAACAACAAAUGGAACACUGGAUUACUCAAAAACAGCAAAAUCAACACUACAGACAAAAAUGA